CGGUAUUGCAACAUGUGGGGAAUUCCCUGCUGUGGUUUUAAGUUGAGGCCAACAGUUCCGUUCUUUGACUUUUUUGAGUUGUCAAAUUUGGCUCAAAGCCCCGAUAUUUUGAGCUUGUGUUGCAGAUUGCGUUGGUGAUCCUGCAUUCUUUCAGAAGCUUUCGGCUGCAGCAUGCGCUUUUCGCCUCAGUCUCCAGCAAUGUAUCGAGGAUGUCAAGUGAUAAGUGGCAGAUUCUGAAACAGUGCAGAUUGGAUUUGUAUUUGUACAGUCUCCAAUACUAUCAAGUUCAAUAUCACCAUCCAGCUGAGGACUUGCUAAAAGGUUGUUGACUUCUACAGGAACGAUACUUAAAGUUACAGUCAACGCUUUGAAGUUACCUGCUCCAACUCCAAGGAACGAACUAAGAACCAUGGCGUCUAGUCAAGCGCGUGAUGAGACUGAAGCACUGCGCAGUGUUGGCACUGAUGAUGGUGAAACGGAAAACAACCCAAACCCAGAAAGGUCUGAGGGUGACCUUGGCAUAGAUUUGGAAGAAGAGGCCAGUUUUUGGUUUUGUUUGGUUGUUUUUGGUGUUGCUAUUGUAGCUGAUUUAGUUUGUGUUAUUCAGCACGCUUCUAAUUUGCUACUGCUGCUUGUGUGGUUGUUGCUUGUAUGUUUUUCUCUGCUUAUUUUUCUUGUUGCAUUUUAUUCUGGUCUAGACACAGCAACAUAACUGGCAUUGCAGGAAAUGAUGGACAGGGCACCAUCUUUUUGUUCAAAAGGAUUUAUAUUGCUCUGAAAAUUGUAAUGAAAAUUAUUGCCGUCACACUUAUUUUGUGUGUCUUUUUUGUUUUCGCUGUUUCUAUAUUUGUGCCCUAUCAAAUGCCAUAUUUUGUACUGCUAUUGCUUAAUAAACAAAAUAGCACUCUUAGAAAGCGGCAUUGUAUCGUUGCUGCAAUGAUUUCUGUUCCUUUUACUUUGGCCACUACUUUUUUUGCUGUUUUUGUUUUCUUGUGCAUUGUUUGUGUCUGGCUACACACCGCCAUUGUUGUGAGUGUGGAACUUUCACUUGAUGAAUAUGGGAAUGAUGACGAGGCGGCAGAGGAUUCGUCACUUGAUACAGAAGAGGAUUUGUCACUUGAUACAGAAGAGGAUUUAGAUGAUGACGACAUUUACUACCAGAAGAUCAUUGCUUUAUGCCUGUUUUCUGUGCCGAGUGUUAUUCUUGUAGCUUUUUUUCCAAGUGUUGAGACUCCGAUUGUUGUCAUGCUUGCAACUGCCACUGGUGUUCUUGUUGCUUUGGCUAGAAUUGAAAUUGAACUUGAGGAAGAUAAUUAUGUCCCCUGUGCAGACAAGGAGACUCAGACUGUCGCUUUGGCUAGAAUUGAAAUUGAGGAAGAUAAUGUCCCCUGUGCAGACAAGGAGACUCCGACUGUCGCUUUUGGUAGAAUUGAAAUUGAAAGUGAGGAAGAUAAUUAUGUCCCCUGCAUAGACAAGGAGACUCAAACUGAACUGCACCCUGAUGCAGACUCCUCAAAAACUACGGGAAAAAGGAAAAAAAUAUGUGGUUUUAAAGUAAAAAAAGGCAGAAGAAAUGCAGUAAAAGGUGGUAACAGGAUGUUGAAAUUUUUGAAAGAUAGUCUUCCACAACACCUCAUGAAUAUCAAUAUCAAUAUCGAGGGAAACAGUAAUUUUGUAACUCUCAGAUAAAUUUAAAUGCCUUGGAACUUUCGUGGCUUUGGUGUUUGCACUUUGUGUUUUUUCCCGCCAUUUUUUUUGUCAUAUAAUGUGCUAAGAAUGUGACGUUUAAACGUGUAAACAAAACAAUUUCUAAAUCCGUUUACAAAUUUUCCAAAACGUUUAAACAAAACCCAAAUUAUAAAAAAGGACCUACAUUUACCAGAUCUUCCUUUGAGUUAAAGCAUAGACAAUUAACAAUGCUUUCAAAUCUAUUUAAUAUCCAAAACCUUAGGAGCACCGCAGAACGUACUCGGUUACACUCGGGGUAGUAGGUACACUUUUUUACGUUUUUACGUUUUCAAUGACUGCUCGCUUUUUAUUAUGUCAAUCACACCUAUCUGCAAACAUAAUGGGCAGGCGUCAGCCUUUGUGAAUUGGCUAAACAUUAUUAAUGGCAGAGUUGUAACGAGUCACUGAUUUUUGUAACUCGAGUCGAGUCGAGUAUUUUAAAUAAGUGACUCGAGUCGAGUCAAGUUAUUAGGUCAAGACGGUCGAGUCGAUUUACAGUGUGUAGUCGAGUCAAGUCAAGUAUUUAGCUCGAGCCAAUUCGAGUCACAAAUAUUUUAGCACUAUACAAUAAAUACACACAAGAGAGAAAGUCAUUUUUUUGGCUUUUUAAAUUUUACA